AUGGCCGAGAGCACGAAUAUAAACACAGAUGCAGACUCUGGCCGAUCUGUGCAUCACGCCGCGUCGAUUGGCUCGAUUAUUACGGGAUCCUCGGGGUCAUCGAGGUCAAGAAAUACAGAUGGCAACUCAAAUCACAUUCGAGAGACUGGAAGUCAGAAUGUGAGCAUACCUUCAAAAGUUGAGGCCGUCCAGUUCUCUGGAAGCCCGAGUGGUGGAGAGGGAUCACUGGGGAAGGCGCCUGUGUCCGAUCAGCGGGCAAAUGGGGUCGCCGGGACUGCUAAUGGGGCGGAUUACCACCAGGAAAGGCAAUAUGUGCAUUCGCCGCAGAACGGCCAGUAUAUGCAGCCCGGAAAGCCCGGAAAGCAGCACAAGCCGGUGCCUGCAGCACAGCAGAGGCACCCAGUGCUGUACCAGGGGAUGCAGACAUACUCCGGGUCGCAGAUGGGCCAGACAGUACCAAAUCAGAUGCUGUUUAACCGAAAUUUUGCACAGGGAGUCCACUCGGCACACCAGCUGCAGGGAAUGAACUUUCAGCGGCAAGGAAACAGCCAGUAUGUGCCGCGGCUCGAGAAGCUGGUCCCUGGGACGGUUUUGGGUGUCGGAAGCCACCAUGCUACAAUUAUUGGCUUUAUUGGCCAAGGAGGUUUCUCUCACAUUUAUUCUGUACGGAUGGACCCUCCAGAGGACAAUUCGAGCAUUGCAUGUCUUAAGAGGGUGAUUGUGCCCAACAAGCGGGGAUUGAACCGCCUAAGGGCAGAAGUUGAUGUCAUGCGAAGACUCUCAAAGUGCGAAACUGCUGUUAAAUACUACGAUUCGAACGCUGCACACAUUCCAGGUUCCCCGGGUAUGUACGAGGUUCUUCUGCUCAUGGAGCUUUGUGAGAACAACUCGCUUCUUGACUACAUGAAUCAACAUCUCAGAACACGGCUCACAGAGACGGAAAUAUCGUCCAUCAUGCUUGAUGUGUGCAAAGCGGUUUACGAAAUGCAUCGGGUCAAGAUCAUCCACCGGGACAUCAAGAUCGAGAAUGUGUUGAUUGACAAAGAGUACCGGUUCAAGCUCUGUGAUUUUGGAAGUGCCUGUCCAGUUCUUCCUCCUCCAAAGGACGUUUCUGGCUUUAAAGCACUGCAAAAUGACAUUAUUCACCAAACUACGCCGCAGUACAGGUCUCCGGAGAUGAUAGAUCUUUACAGGGGAUACCCAAUUGACGAGAAAUCCGACAUCUGGGCUUUGGGCGUGUUUCUGUACAAGUUAUGCUACUACACAACACCUUUUGAAGUUGUGGGAGAGCUGGGAAUACUACAUUCUGCCUAUGAGAUGCCGGCCAAACCUAUCUACUCUGGGCAGAUCAGACACCUAAUUGGCCUAAUGUUGCAGGAGGAUCCAGAAUUUAGACCUAAUAUCUACCAGGUGCUUCUUCAGGUGGCGGAUAUCGCCCAUAUAAAUCCGUCGAAAAUAGAAGUUGAAGAUAUUUACGGACAGGGGGAGUAUUUAGAGCCCCAAGGCGGUGCAGGUGCAACCGUUGUUGAUCAUAUAAUGCCUUUUAUGGCCAGCAGGCGCCCGAUCAGGUCGUAUUUCCAGCGGGAUUUUGAUGAUUCGCUGAUUGGCCAAUCCACGAACCCUUUCAUAACGGGUGGAAAUCAAAGAGGAGUGGGGGAAGGCACAAUUGGAAGUGGAAAGAGUGGAAAGAGUUUGAGUGAGAGCUUAGGUGAAAAUAACAAUUUAACUGAAAAUGAAAAGAAUUCAAUCCAAAGGAACGAAACUAAUAAAUCCUCAAUUGCAAAUGCAACCGCCAAAACUUCUCUUCAUAGAACAGCAUCACAAGAAAAAGUGGCUGUACUACAAACCUUGCCGACCACCUCAUCAACAAAGUUAGAACCUCUUCCAUUGAAUAAUUCAUCACUCAGUAUUUCCUCAGCGAGAUCCAGCGUCUCCUCCCAGGCUUCAAGUACAAAACUGAGUGUUGAGGCUCAGAAAGCAACAUCAAACCCGUUUAGGAAACCACAGACGCAACAAAGUACAAAUCAGAAUGUAGGAAACCUGAAUAUAGACCAGAUAGCAGACCAGAUAUCAGAUGAGACAAUGAACAAAACAACAGAACAGAAAGCAGGAUGGAAACCAAACAAGAGCGUGAAUCCGGUUCCGUCCGUUAAAAUUACCGGCGCUAAAUCUGAAGUUCAGACAAGUACUGAUCCGUCGGCAGGCGAAAAAACAGACCAGUCGCUGUUGAAUGUCGCGCCGAUCGACGCACAAACUACGUCGGCGUCCACGUCGACCGACUCGUUGGUGGACAAUGUUGAGGAGCGGUUUCCGGAUAUAUUAAGAGGACCGAAAGAUACCAAAGCUGAGGAAAAAAGAUGGUCAACACACAAUCCGUUUCCAAACAUCAGCAAUGAGUAUUUGAGAGGCGGGGCUGUGCUAGAAACGGAUGGAAGCAACAUUAAAAUACCAGAAAGAGAGGAAGAGUUGGCGAAUGGAAUUGAUUUAAUCGAUUUGACAAAUCGAAGCGGGAGGUCCGAGGAGGGGAGCAAGCAGGAUAAUGCACCGAUUCCGAAGAAAGUGGGAUCAAUGAAUCCGUUCGACUUGUAG